AUGCCCAAGGAAGCCACCAAACCCAAACGCAAGGCCGCAGAGAAGGCGGAGAAGCCUUCGCGCAAGACCAAGAAGGACCCCAAGGCACCGAAGCGUGCUCUCUCAGCGUACAUGUUCUUCAGCCAGGACUGGCGCGAGAGAAUCAAGUCUGAGAACCCAGAUGCUGGUUUCGGCGAGGUUGGCAAGCUUCUAGGAGCCAAGUGGAAGGAGCUCGAUGACGCCGAGAAGAAGCCAUACAUUGACCAGGCAGCUCGUGAUAAGGAGAGAGCUGAUGAUGAAAAGGCCGCUUACGAUAACAAACAGAAAGGAAGCGGUGAUGACGACGACGACGAAGAGUAA